ACAACUCACAAGAGUUGUCUGUUGCCUCACCACCCCUCUGUCCCUGCUUCCUUCUGCUCCCGCAACGGGUGGCCUCCGUUCCCCGACCCCGCCCGACUCUCCCACACAUCUCCGGCGCUCUCUUCGAGUCCUCCUGCAGUCCCGCCGCCUUCUCAUCGCUACCAAAAUUGCAAAGCCGGACUGGAACUCGCGUCGCGCGCAGGGGCAUGGACCCGGACGACGAACCAGCGGCGCAGCGGAAAGCCGUCGACUUGCACCUGCCGCGCGACACGGAGCCUGCCUCCUCGCCCGCGUGCACCCGCCGCGCCGCGCCGCGCGUGCUCAGCUACUGUGACGUCCCUUUCGCCUCCGCCUCGGCGCAGCGCUGCGCAUCAUUCCCGCAGCGCCACGGAGAGCUGGCGCACGCCCGCUCGGCCUCCUUCGCAGCCUGGAUCGAAGGCGGCUCGGCGUCGGCGCCGGCGGCGGCACUCGAGCGGGCCAUGUCGCAGUACGGCGGUGCGGACGGCGCGCUGCCAGAGUUCGUCGGCGCCGGCGGUGGCGAGGGCAUCUUCCGCGUGCCGCUCCGCGCGGCGAUGCACCCGGCGCGCCCGCCGCCGCUCGAGGUGCGGCCCCACCCGCUGCGGGAGACACAGGCGGGCGCCUUUCUGAGGACGCUGGCCUGCGACCCGCGGCGACGGCAGCUGUGGGCGGGCGCCGAGUCCGGGGUUCGAGUGUGGGGCCUCCACGAGGUGUUCCGUGGGUGGUGGCCGGGCGCCGGGCCGCGGCGCCGCGGUGACGAGGAGGCCGCGCCGUUCAGAGAGUCCGUGCCGGUCCCGCCCGCGCUCUGCGCCGCUGUCGACGGCGCUAACGGGAUGGUGUGGACGGGGCACAGGGACGGCAGGAUCAGGGCGUGGCGCAUGGACCACGCCGCGCCCGCCGGAGGAUACUCCGCCGGCAGUGCGCCCAUGUUCAAGGAGGCCCUCUCGUGGCAGGCGUACAGUCGCACGCCGGUGCUCGCCAUCGUCGUCACGUUGUACGGUGAAAUUUGGUCCGGAUCAGAAGGCGGUGCCAUAAAGGCAUGGCCUUGGGACACCAUUGCUAAGUCCCUCUCAUUUACAUCAGGAGAACGUCAUAACGCUGCCUCGCUGGUUGAAAAAUCUUAUAUUGACCUUAGAAACCAUGCUACAAUUGGUAACAUGUGCUCAUUGCCUGCUGCUGAUGUGAAACACAUGCUCGCAGACAACUGCCGAGCGAAAAUUUGGAGUCUAACUAGCAUGACAUUUGCUCUUUGGGAUGCUAAGACUAGGGAACUUUUAAAAGUAUUUGGCAUCGAUGGACAAGUCGACUUAGCUCGUCCUGAGGCCCCAGUAAUGCCCGAACAAUUCAUAGAGGAAGAGAUUAAAGUAAAACCCACAAAAAGGGAGAGGCCGCAAGGUUCUUUCACAUUUUUUCAGAAAUCUAGGAAUGCCUUGAUGGGCGCAGCUGAUGCUGUACGCAGAGUUGCAACAAAAGGGACAUUUGUCGAAGAUAAUCGGCGAACUGAAGCAGUGGCUCAAGCAAUGAAUGGGACAAUUUGGUCUGGUUGCACAGAUGGUUCAAUUAUUGUUUGGGAUGGAAAUGGGAAUAGACUGCGAGAAUUUCAUUACCAUAGUUCUUCUGUUCGAUGCAUAAAGACACUCGGAGACAAGGUUUGGGUGGGCUAUGCAAGUGGCACUAUUCAAGUUGUCGAUGUCGAAGGUAACCUUCAGGCAGGAUGGAUUGGUCAUAGCUGCCCAGUCAUAGACAUGGCAAUUAGUGAUUCUUACAUUUUUUCUUUGGCACAUCAUGGUGGUAUUCGAGGAUGGCCUCUAAGUUCCCCUAGCUCCCUAGAUGAUAUUCUAUGCUAUGAGUUGGCUAGCAGGGAACUGUUAUACACAAGGCUAGAGAACCUUAAAAUACUGGUUGGGACUUGGAAUGUUGCACAAGAGAAAGCUUCUCCUGAAGCACUAAGGUCAUGGUUGGGUGGUGCAUUUUUUGAUGUUGGGCUGGUGGUGGUUGGUUUGCAAGAGGUCGAGAUGGGUGCUGGAGUUCUUGCCAUGGCAGCUGCCAAAGAAAGUGUAGGGCUUGAAGGCAGUGCCAAUGGGCAGUGGUGGAUAGACAGUAUUGGCAAAACACUUGAUGAGGGAAUAUCCUUCCACAGAGUUGGUUCAAGGCAGUUGGCAGGACUACUUAUUGCUGCAUGGGCAACGAAUGACCUUAGGCCACAUGUUGGUGAUGUUGAUACUGCUGCAGUGCCAUGUGGCUUUGGGCGUGCUAUUGGCAACAAGGGUGGCGUCGGAUUAAGAAUAAGAGUCUUUGGUCGCAGGAUAUGUUUUGUAAACAAUCAUUUUGCUGCACAUCAAGAGAAUGUUAGCCGCCGCAAUGCUGAUUUUGACCGCAUUUAUCGGACAAUGACUUUCACCAAACCUCAGGGAUCUGCAGCUUCUGCUACAGCUGUCCAAUUGCAUAAAGCAGCUAAUGAAAAUCAAGCAGAUGAAGGUAGGCCUGAUCUGGCAGAAGCUGAUAUGGUUAUCUUCCUUGGUGAUUUGAACUACCGACUUGAUGGCAUCACCUAUGAUGAAGCAAGGGACAUGGUCUCCCAGAGGAGCUUUGACUGGCUUAGAGAAAGGGAUCAACUUCGAGCGGAAAUGAAGGCGGGAAAUGUGUUUCAGGGAAUGCGUGAAGGCCCAAUCAGAUUUCCUCCAACCUACAAGUUCCAGAGACACCAGUCGGGUCUCUCAGGGUAUGAUUCAGGCGAGAAGAAGAGAAUACCUGCUUGGUGCGACAGGAUACUGUAUCGAGAUAGCCGUCCUGUACCAAUAGCUGAAUGCUCAUUAGAGUGCCCUGUCGUCGCUGCAAUCACAGCGUACGAAUCUUGCAUGGAUGUCACAGACAGUGACCAUAAACCCGUGAGAUGUACAUUCAGCGUCGAUAUUGCAAGAGUAGACGAGCUGAUAAGGAGGCAAGAGUUUGGAAAAAUAAUCGAAUCUAACAAAAAGGUUCGCUCUUUGCUUCGAGAGCUCCGUUCUGUUCCGGACACCGUCGUCAACGCGAACAACAUUACAUUGGAAAAUCACCAAGAAGAUGUCAUCCUCCGGAUAACUAAUAACUGUGAAACCAGCAAGGCCGCUUUUGAAAUCCUGUGUGAAGGCCAGACAGUCAGAAAGCAGGGCGGAACCCAAUCUGAGGAGCUGCUCCCAAGGGCGUCCUUUGGCUUCCCACUUUGGCUUGAGGUCCAACCAUCGAUGGGUCUCAUCGGCCCAGGAGAAACAGCGGAAGUCGUCGUGCGCCACGACGACUUCCUGACGCAGGAAGAGUACGUCGACGGAGCACAGCGGAACCGGUGGCGCGAGGCCACCCGAGACCUGGAGGUCGUGCUCUCGGUGACAGUCACGGGCAGCUCCAGCUCCUCGGCCGAGGCCGUCGCGCACAGGGUCACCGUCCGGCACUGCUGCCCGGCGCCUCCGGCUCCCCUGCCCGCCAACCGGCGCUCUGCCGCUGCCUCGCCUCGUGACGACGUUGCCGCGUCGGAUAACCAGUCGAACCACCUGCACCGUUCCGAUCUCGCCAGCUUCGGUAGCUCGGAGGUGCGUGACCUGUGCGGGGGCUUGUGAAAGCGAGUUUCGCUGCCUUUGCUUCAUCGUCCUGCAUUCCUGCUCCUUACAUGUGCGUCGUCCUGCCGUUCUUUGCGUGUCGAAUCAAAAAGCGAGAGAGAAAGAAAGAGAGAGGAAAAAAAAGGAAGAAAGAAGAGAGUGCAAUUGUUGUAAUUACCUGUAGUAGGUAAAAUUUUCAAGCUAACCUUUUUUUUUUGACCUUCUUAAGUUAAGUAGUAGAUGUGGCAUUGAAAUUGUGUUGGUGCAAAGUGGAGUGAGUGUAUGGUUGUAUGUAUAGUAAUGGAGGUUGUAUGCUUGUAUAGUCUAUUGAUUGGACGAUGCUUUGCUCCUACUGCAAUACAGCGCAACGAGAACUGCA